CAAGAAUCAACCAAAAUUUUUAAUGGAUGCGGCAUAAUAUUGUGGAUUAGCAAAUUAUGGGUUAUUAAUAUUAGUUUAGUGUAGUGUUUAAUUGCCUUUUCAUACCACUCAUUAUUGAUUUAAAAAAUAAAAGUAAGUUAAUACUAGUGACCUUCUCUAUCCCAUAUAUCCCAUAAGACAGUUAUUUUACCUGAGCCUGCUUUUUCAGCCUUUCCUACUACAGCAAUGUCAAUAAUUUAAAACUUAUAUCUAAUAUUUGUAUCAGGAUAGUUUAAU